AUGCUUGGAAGACUUGCCGCAGCCCUUUUCCUGGCUGCUACUGGAGUAGCCGCACAGAAUACCACCUCGAAGUACGACUAUGUCAUCGUAGGGUCUGGACCAGGAGGUGCGCCGCUCGCAGCCAAUUUGGCUCGUGCCGGCCACACCGUCAUCCUCUUAGAAGCUGGAGACGACCAGGCGAACAACCCGAAUAUCUCCAUCAUCAACAACUUUAAUCCGGCAGCGAGUGAUGAGUCGACGCGGUGGGACUUCUGGGCCAAGCACUCUGAGGACCCAGAGCGCGAACUCAAAUACGAACACAUGGUAUGGAGGAAGACUGAUGGUUCCUUUUACAUUGGUCUGAAGCCGCCGGCUGGUGCUACACAGCUGGGAAUUUGGUAUCCUCGAGCCGGGACCUUGGGUGGAUGUGCAAUGCACAAUGCAGGUGUAUGCGCAUUACCCGCAGAUGACGACUGGAACAUUAUCGUCAACAAGACCGGCGACAAGAGCUGGGCAGCAGAGAAUAUGCGCAAGUACUUCGUCAAAAUGGAGAAGAACCAAUAUCUGCCAGCCGGAACACCGGGCCACGGCUUUGAUGGCUGGGUGGCUACAACGAUUGGCGAUACAUCAUGGACCAAUGGCACAAAUGACUUCAAGGCAAUGGGGGAACAGAUUGUGAAGGUGACGGGAGGCGAUCCAGCAAAGCUACCCGAGCUCGCGGCUAAGGAUAUGAACGCCCUUAAUCCAAACCGUGACCAGGACACUGGAGUUUUCAGUUUAGCAUCGCACGCCGACAAGCAGGGCCUCCGCUCUGGUACCAACACCUAUCUCAAGGCGACCUUGGCUGAUGCAGCCAAGUACCCCCUGACUAUUCAGCUGGACAGCCUCGUCACCAAAGUGCUCUUUAAUAAUGACGCCAAGAAUCCAACGGCUAUUGGGGUCGAACUGCUGAGAGGAAAAUCUCAGUACAGUGCAGACCCGCGUUACAAGGCUGAUGCCAAGGGAACUGUCCAACAAGUCUUCGCGAACAAGGAGGUCAUCAUCGCCGGGGGUGCCUUCAACUCUCCACAGAUCCUAAAGCUCAGCGGUAUCGGCCCAGCGGACGAACUCAAAAAGUUCAAUAUUCCCCUGGUCAAGGACCUCCCUGGUGUCGGGGAGAACUUGGCCGAUAAUUACGAGGGCUACGUCCUUGGCCUGGCUGCCCGGCCGCUGCAAGGCGGAGGAGCACCGCCAGUCUCGGUGAUGCUACGUACGCCCUCCGCGCCGACCAAGGAUCGCAACAUCUACAGCUGGUGCACUUCAUUCAGCUUUGAGGGCUUCUGGCCCGGGUUCCCGCACAACUACGGCCCAGCGCAGUACGAGUGCGCGUUCGUGCACAUGCGGCCCAAGUCGCAGGCAGGCUACGUGCGCUUGCGCAGCGCCGACCCGCGCGACACGCCCGACGUUAACAACCGCUUCUUCGAGCACGGCGCUGACCAAGACCUGACGGAGAUGGCCGACGCAGUCAAGACGCUGCGCCAGGCCUUCGCGAGCGCGCCGGCGGGCAUCGGCCCCUUCGACGAGCUGCACCCGUGUCCCGGAAAGAACCAAAACUGCUCUGAUGCUGACAUUAAGGAGAGGUUGAAGUUGCAGGCCCACAGCCACCACCCGACGAGCACGUGUGCCAUUGGCGCCGCGGACGAUCGCAUGGCCGUGCUGGACUCCAAGUUCCGGGUCCACGGCGUCAAAAACCUGCGGGUCGUCGACGCCAGCGUGUUCCCGAUCGUUCCUGGGGCUUUCCCCGUUUGUCCGACAAUGAUGUUGGCUGAGAAGGCGUCGGAGGAUAUAUUGACCGGAGCGUAG